UCUCUCGUUCUUCAACGAUUUUCUCCCAAAAAUUUGAACCCUAAUUUUUUUUUUCCGUCCAUUUCAUAAUCUCAUAUCUUUUUCCUCCUCGAUUGUUUAAUUGAUCUACGAUUUCCGAUCAAUUUCAUAUCACAAUUCGAAAAAAUCACAUUUGUGUUGAAGAUAAGGUACUGAUACUCAUUUUUCACGCUUUGCAAGCGUCGUUUUCGUAUAUAGUUGUCGGAACUUUCACUUUCAUAUCCUCCAGAAUUUUCGACGACAUUAACAAUUGGCGCCUUUUCUCAUUGAGGUAUCUCCAAGCAAGUGUCAAGGAUGGUACCUGGAAAUUUUCAGGAAGAUGGAGAGAGGGACCCCAGAGGAGUUACGCUGUCAGGGGCCCCUACUGUGUCAGGAAAGUUAGUAUUAACUAAUGGCAGUGUGGGAUCACCCUCCAGCCAGAGUGGAGCUGGAAUGGCAACACCAGCUCGUGACAAUACUGCUCUUAAACUAAGCCAUCUUGAGAUUCACGGUGACGACUCCACAUCUCAGGGCGCUGCUGUGAGUAAGAAGAAAAAAAGAGGUCAACGUGCUUCUGGAACUGAUAAAAGUGGUCGUGGACUUCGGCAGUUCAGUAUGAAAGUUUGCGGAAAAGUGGAGAGCAAGGGAAGAACAACAUACAAUGAGGUAGCCGAUGAACUAGUUGCUGAAUAUGCAAAUGCAAAUAAUGCGCUUGGGCCUAAUGAACAGCCAGGAUAUGAUGAGAAAAAUAUUCGUCGGAGAGUGUACGAUGCACUGAAUGUUCUAAUGGCUAUGGAUAUAAUUUCUAAGGAUAAAAAGGAAAUACAAUGGAAAGGUUUACCUCGAACAUGCUUAAAUGAUAUUGAGGAGUUAAAGACUCAGCGGACUGGACUGAAAAACAAGAUAGAAAAGAAAGCUGCAUACUUGCAGGAAUUGGAAGAACAAUUUGUAGGAUAUCAAAAUCUUAUACAGCGUAAUCAACAGUUGUAUGGCAAUGGGAAUGCCCCUACUGGUGGUGUGGCUUUACCUUUUAUCUUGGUUCAGACUAGACCGAAUGCUACUGUUGAAGUGGAAAUAUCAGAAGAUAUGCAGCUUGUACAUUUUGAUUUCAAUAGUACCCCUUUUGAACUUCACGACGACAAUUACGUUUUGAAGCAAAUGCGACUUUGUGACAAACCUCUAAUUGAUGGCGAGGCUUGCACUACUCUAGCUAAUACAGGCGAAGGUCCUAGCAUCAUGGCCGAUGCAUACAAUCUUCAAACUUCUGAACCUUGUUCACCUAAACCGUAUCGGAACCAAAUUUCUCAGCCACUAUCGCCGUUUAAAUCAUAUUAUCCUCAGACUUGUACUCCGCCAUCACCAUCAAUUACAUACCAACAUCAAAUGCCAUUGCCUUCACGGUCAAAUACAACUAUGAAAACCGCCACAUCUCCUCCUCUUCCCGGGAUACUUAAAUCCCGAGUGCAACAUGAACGAUAGAACAGAGCUGUUGAACUACUAAACUUGUCGAUUUAUGGGAUUUUUAUGUAUCAUAACUUUUGUAGAGUAAUUCUUGUGAAUUAUUCUCGUAAACGCUUCAAUCUGUAGUGAAGGUUGGCCCUUAACUGUGCCUUAUACAACAAAGGAUGGAUAUAGAGGAUUCUUUGAUUUUAACUCGGUGCUGAAUAUGAUAGUUCUGUAUAAUAUUUUCUGAAAUUAAUCUUGUUUAUCCUAAUUUUAAUAUAUUAUAUAUUUUUGGUCUUUAUAUAUUUUUCACUAAUUAUAUAUGCUUAUGGUCUUUAUAUGUUUCUCACUAUUUUUUUAAAUGUUU